AUGUCUCCUGCUAUCGCUCAAGCCGGUGCUGGCGCCGCCUCCAAGGACGUCAAGAAGGAGUCUGCGACCGCUCGUCUGCUUGGUUCUGGCUGUGCUGGUAUCGCCGAGUUGAUGGUCUUCCAUCCCGUUGACACUACCGCGAAGCGUUUGAUGAGCAACCAGACCCGAAUCUCAUCUGCCGCCGAGUUCAACAAGGUUGUCUUCCGGGAGUACUCCGAUGCUGCUGUUGGCCGCAAGUUCACCUCUCUGUUCCCCGGUCUGGGAUACGCCGCUGGAUACAAGGUCCUCCAGCGUAUCUACAAGUAUGGUGGUCAGCCCUUUGCCCGCGACUACCUGGCUCAGCACCACGGUCAGGCCUUCGACAACGCUUUCGGCAAGGGUAAUGGCAAGGCCAUCAUGCACGCGACUGCUGGCAGUUUGAUCGGUAUCGGAGAGAUCGUUCUCCUCCCCCUCGACGUUCUGAAGAUCAAGCGUCAGACCAACCCCGAGGCCUUCCGCGGCCGUGGUCUCUUCAAGAUUAUCUCCGAUGAGGGUAUGGGUCUCUACCGCGGUGCUGGCUGGACUGCCGCCCGUAACGCCCCUGGAUCUUUCGCUCUCUUCGGUGGUUCCGCUUUCGCCAAGGAGUACAUCUACAGCCUUAAGGACUACAACAAGGCCAGCUGGUCCCAGAACUUUGUCGCCUCCGUCUGUGGUGCCAGUGCCUCCCUGGUCGUCUCCGCUCCCCUCGACGUGAUCAAGACCCGUAUCCAGAACCGCAACUUCGAGAACCCCGAGUCCGGCUUCCGUAUCGUGUCCAACAUGAUGAAGAACGAGGGCUUCCCCUCCUUCUUCAAGGGUCUCACUCCCAAGCUUCUGAUGACCGGUCCCAAGCUGGUCUUCAGCUUCUGGCUUGCCCAGACUUUGAUCCCUGCCUUUGGUCAGGUUGUUUGA